AGGGCGUUGGGGGUAGUCGAUGCGAGGUUGAUGGCUUCGGGGAGAAGAAAGCCAAGGCAGGGUCCAAUACUAUGGUGUAGGAGUGUGUGGUCGAAUCAGACUGCGUUGCGAGGUUGGCGUACCGAGGCUGUGCCUGAUGCUGCAUUCGUUCUUGAUUCUUCCUUUUUGUUGUUGUCGUUGACGUUGAGACGGUGUAAGGAUUGGAAAAGAAAGAAAGAAUCGGAUGCGUGGUACAGAUAA